AUGAACCUGAACCAACAACCAGAUUUGGAUCUAUUUCAAUCUAAAACGACGAGCGGAUGGUGGGUUCCUACACCAGAGAGAACUCAACGGCACCUUUUGUCGUUUACCCCGACAGACGACAUACUCAUAGCCCGUCAAUAUGACAAAGACUCCGAAGAAUGGGAUGCCUUUGAGAUCAAAGGUCUCGACAAUUUUGUGGUCCACCAUAAUGGUCAUGUGGCUGUUGCUGCCAUGCAUGAUAGGAACAUGAUCUUUCUUCAGACUCCGGAGGGACCUGUCAGUGCAACCAGGCAUAACAUCAACUCUGACGAAUGGAGUGUCGACUUUACAGUACCAGGGAACGCGGCCCCUGAGACGGCCAUAGCAGCCUUUGCGACCGACGUUGAGCUGGUGGUCGGGUUCUUUGGUACUGAACACAAGAUCCACAUCCACAGGCGAUCUAGGUCUUUUUAG